UGCUCCUCCCACCAGGCACAAAAUAAAUAUCUCAGAACCAAACAUUCAUUCAGAACAUUGUCACUCAGCCUACAUUGCUGACCUUGAGAGAGAAAUCAUGAAGUCGCCUGCUGUCAUCCUGAUUGCCUGUGUGCUUCUCUCACAAGUUGAAGGCAUGAUAAUUGUUUCCACGGACCGGUGUCUGUGCAUCGAUGAUGGAGUGAAGUUCAUUAAGCCAGCAAACAUUGAGAAGAUUGAAGUGUAUUCACCGAGUUCUUUAUGCCAGAAAAUGGAGAUCAUUGUCACAAUGAAGAAUGGAGAGGAAAAGAAGUGUUUGAAUCCAGAGUCCAAGUUUGCUAAAAAUUUCAUCAAAAACUCCCAAAGGAGAAAAAGGAGCUUGAAGAGAAUUGGAGCAUAAAUACCUAUGAGAUCAACAUAAGAAACAUCUCCUCUAACAGUUAUCGGCAAACCACUGAAUUUGUUGCAUUUAUUAAAAACAAAAAUAAAUGGCCAAUAAUGAAAAUGAAACACUUUUUUAACAAAGAAAAAAUACAUUUUACAUCUUAUUAGUACCAAAACAUAAGAAUGGUUAACUUUUUCCAAGUACUUGAAAAAUUUUAAAUUGUUCCGUUAGUUUUCCAUUCCUAUUUUUUUACCUGCCUUUUGAUUAUUUUUGAUUCUGUAUAUUGUAAUAUUUUGUUUCAAAUGAUGUAUUUACUGUGAAUGUAUUGAUAAAACAUUUUGUUGUUUAAUUUCACAUAUAAUAGUUUGUUCACAUUCAAAAAUAAAGAGUAUAUUUACCUUAA